AACAGAUAAACAAAUGGCAGAAAGUGUCCCUUUGGUGUCUUCGCCGCGUUCAUCAGUUGUGAAGCCUUCCGAAGAGGCCGCUCUAGGAACAACAAAUUCACAGCCUACCGUUGUACCCUUGGGAGAGAAAGCACCGCUGAUCCAGGGUGAACAUGAAGUGGGAAAAAGUCUUCUUAGACUUAGUUUAUCAAGGAUGAAUUUGUCGCGGAGUAUAAUGAGAUUGCGUUCCGCCACGAUGACUGUGUCGUUAAUCGAAAAGCCUUCAGAUGAUCGCCGAGCCUCUCCGUUCCUUGCAGGUUGGAACGUAACAAAUCUCAUUCAAGGCACGGGGAUUCUAGGAAUACCCUAUGCUGUGAAGCUCGGAGGGUGGGCUGCUGUUGUUUGUAUUUUUCUCUGCGGUAUCCUUUGUUGUUACACAGGCAAAAUCCUAAUCGACUGUCUGUACGAGGAUUCUAAGCGGACAGGUCGAAGGAAACGAGUUAGGGUGAAUUACCCAGAUGUUGGCGAAGCCUGCUGGCCCAUAUGGGGAAACAGGAUUGUUAGCAUUGUUCAAGUGAUCGAAAUGUCUGGCAUAGGCGUCACCUAUGUUGUCUUGAUGGCCACUAUCUUCCUUGAUCUAUUCCACAACAAGAGUAUGGAUGUCUAUGACUGGACUGUUGUCGUGGGUUGCAUCGUCCUUCCAGCCAUCUUUAUCACCCGAGUGUCACUCAUCGCCUGGUUCAGCAUGAUUUCUGUCUUUUCUUUGUUCUCUGGUGUCUUCACCAUUAUAAUCUACUGCAUCACGCAGUAUCAGAAGAUGAGCUUCAGUAACAUGCCAGGUUUCCAUCUGAACUCUUUUUUGGUUGGCUUGGGUAUCAUUGUGUUCAGCUUUACAGCGCAUGCAGUAUUCCCAGGAGUAGAGGGAAGCAUGCGUCAUCCUGAACAGUACCCCAUGAUGCUGAAUUUCGCCUUCGCAAACUCAAUAAUCACUAAACUUGCUCUAGGCCUACUGGGUGUUUUUCGAUACGGACAGGAACUUAACCAGACAAUAACAGUCAAUAUCAAAACCAGUCCAGUCUUUUACAUUCUGUCCAAUACCUUUGUUAUCGGUAACGUCGUGCUUGCCUUUCCCCUCGUCAUGUUUGUUGUUUUAGAGACAUGGGAUAAAAAAAUGCUCCCUUACUUUCCUCACCUUUCUAAGGAUUCAAGUUUUCACUGGUUUUGGCUGAUCCUGACACGCCCAUUGCUUCUUACCUUUGGUGUCUUCCUGGCCAUAACUGUGCCUCAUUUUGGCUUAGUUAUGGGUCUCCUUGGCAGCUUAACAGGAACCAGUCUGUGUUUCAUUUUCCCAUGCGUUUUUCAUCUAAAGCUCAAGUGGAAGAAGUUAAACUGGUUGCAGGUUGCAUGUAGAGUUGGUGUCACCAUCUUUGGAAUUGCUGUUGGAAUCCUUGGAGUAGUAUUCUCAGCAAUUGAACUAAUCAAGGCGUCUAAAUGAGAAAAUAAAUCCUAGAAUAAGAGAUAUUUCUUACUUUAAAUGAACGGAGAACUGAGACCUGCCAUGUCAAAUACAUGUAAUAUAAAUGAUAAUAACUAUAGAUAAUAUUGAUGCUUUUGGUGCAUUUUUUUUUUUUUUUAUAUGCAGUAUUCUGUAAAUAUCAUAACCUAAAUUUUUAUUUAAUGCAGGGUUCCUUAGAAUAUAAAACCCAAGAAGGUCAUUUGGAACUUGAAGGGGAAAGGGGAGGGAGACUGGGUGAAAGGUAAGAGCAACCAUGGUUGUGAACAUUCACUCCCUUUCUGAAAAAAAGAGAAAAAAAAUUCAGUGAGCUUGGAAACAUCAAGAGCAAAAAUUUAAUCUUAGAAUUGACUUUAAAGAAAUAUCUUGAGGAAGACCAGCUCAAUUUUUUUAGCAAAUAUAAAUAUAUAAAAGGAAAGUUAUUUGAAGUCAGUGGCAAGUGACAGUGUUUAACAGUGAUUUCUUAUCCCAGACUGCACAAAUUUUUCAUGACCAAAGAAACAAAAACAAAUCAGUUUUUGGGUUAUUUUUUGCACUCUCACUUGACAUUAUGCUAAGUAAUGUUACCAUGAUGUCUAGUAGCAUGUGUUUGAAAUAAACUCUGGUCAUUCCGAAUUAUAUUACUGAUAUUGGUGUGAAGUUUUUUCACAAGGUCUUGACACUUGAGAUAAUUUUUUUUAAUUCUGUUGAGGUGCCCCUAUUUUUCUUAGCAGAGUACUUCUUGCAAAAAAAUGUUCCUUUUUGGAUUUAAACAAAAGAAAAGCAAUGGUCAUGGGUCAGAAGAAUUCAUCAUAAGAUUGGUAAGAUCAAUCUGGAUGGCCAAGAAUUUUUUGACAAAUAACUGUAUUUAAAUGAAAAAUCUUUCUUAAGCUUAAAUUUGGAUUUUGCUUGAAAUUGUAUUGUCCAGUCUCUCAGGGAGGUGGAUUGUAAUCUGAAAAGUCUAGAAAGCUGCAAGUGAAUUUCAGUUUUAUUUAAUAAAUAUCUCUGUUUAGGGAUUUUUGAUGGUCGUUACUUACUAGACACUUUACAGACUAUUUAAUUGUAGUAAUCAAAAUAUUAAAUUUUACAGUUUUAUUGGUGAA